GACAUUCGAUUUUCAUUUCUACAACUAUUUGACAGAGAAUUAAAACAAAAAUGUAUUAACUUGUUUUUAUUUGUAAUAUUAAUAUCUUAAUUCUCUAAGUGUCUAAUUGAAAUGUUCCUAGGUGUUUUAAAAGUGAAAUUAUAUUAGUGUUUUUAGUGUAUUAUUUUACUGUCACGACAAUGAAUAAAACUUGUGAAAUUUGCUCUAAAGAAGCAAGAUACAAAUGCCCAACCUGUAUGAUAUUUUAUUGUUCAGUGCCUUGCUGCAAAAUACACAGACAAAAUAAAUGUGAUGUUCUUCAAAGAGACGAAGAAGAAGAAAUGGCUAAUUUAAUAGUGAAGAGGAGAAAAAUUGAAACUAUGACUGAAUCAACAGUUCCUGAAGAUAAACUAAAACUAUUGAAUUCAAAUGAAGAAGUGAAUAAUUUGUUAACAAAUAGUCAUUUGAGAAAUUUAUUAGUGGCCAUUGAUAAGUCAGAUAAUGCUGAAGAAGUUAUGCAAAAAGCUAUGCAGGAACCAAUUUUUGUAGAAUUUGCUGAUGCCUGUCUCAAAGUUGUGGAAGAUAAAACGGAAGUUGAAGAAAACUCAUAAAAAGUCUGAUAUUUUUGCUAUAUAUAUGUUUCCUAUUUUUUUAUAUUUUAUGAUAAUUAUAAUAAGAAUUGUGUAUAUUAUAAGGUGUGGCCAUAAAUAACGAGACUGUUUAAAUUCAAAUUUCACCUUGAAGCAUAAUCGAUUAUUUGAAACAGAGCCUAUAAUUCCAGAUAUUUACCGUUCUAGACAUAUUUCACAUUGGGAAACACUAAUAAUUAUGUCAAGUAUACUGUGUGAUCCAAAACUGAAAUGUUGAGUAAUAAAGUGAAAUGUUUUUUUGUGAAAGUUUCCUCAAGCAUCAUUUUCGAAUUAUUAUCAAUUAUAGUCAAAUCAUGUGGGCCAAUAUUAGGGUCUAAGUCUUUUUAAAAACCUUGAUAUCAUCAAAAGACGUGCAAAACAUAAUUUAUAAUUAAAACAUCACUAUUACUACGAGGACUAUUCAGAAAGAUAGAUGUUUUGGAAUUAGAAAAAUAAAGUUCAUCCACAUCUGAAAGAGGAUUGAAGUUUUGCUUUUACACAUAAUCAUGGUUUCGAAAAUUAUAGUGUACAUGAGAGAAAACCUUUUAUUUCAAUGAGUUGAGCUGCUUUGAGUGUGGUUCACUGUAUGGUCAAACACUGACACCAUAAAACAAAAUUUUGAAUGUCAACUUUCUUUGAUCCUUGUAUUAAAUAGCUUUCUCUAACAGGCAGUUUUUUCUAUCGCCAAGUUUGAGAAAAUAAAUUACAAGCACACUUUAUUUAUUCCAGAAGACAUACAUAAACUUCCUUAGGCCAAGGUCUGCGAAUAUUUUCUUGGUUUGUUUGUCUAUUCCUUCUCCAUGGACUGUUAAUUCUACCUCACAAUUGACAAUUGACGUGUCCUGAGUAAUGAAUCACAGUGCUUAUGCAGGUUUGGUAGGUUCAUUUCUUAACCACUCAGUUACAUACACCUUUAACUCCUUGAUGUUUUCAAAGCGUUGUACGGGUAGAUAGUUUCUUCUUUGUAAAAUAUUGAAUCUUUUUAUAAGCUUUUCGACUAUUGUUGAGUUACAAUGUCCGUCAUCUACUUUUCUCUCUAUCGUGGUCGUUGUUUUAACUGAAUGCCCCAUAUCCGAUUAUAACCUACAUUUAUUAGGUUGUUACUCAAACUCACACCCUUCUCGAGAAAUUUCAAUAGGUUGCCAACAAAAAACAAAGACUGCACAUUUAUUCUUUCAUUCACAAUUUGAAUAUAAAAAGCGGGCAGUGUAAUGGUAGGUGCUGACUGAGAUGCAAAGCAUACGGACAUCAAUACCAAAUGACAAGUAGACGCCUAGCAGUGCUAGACGUAAACGAGUCUCACUUUCUGAAUGGCCCUCGUAUUUUCUACUAAAGAGAUUAAUAUUUGUUUCGUUAUUUUUUAGUCACCCUGCGUAUUUAAAUGUUAGUAUAUUUAUUCUAAUGCCAGUUAAUCUGAGAUACCAAUUAUUUGCAAAUAUAACAUGAGUAUAUUGACAGAUAUGAAUCUGGUAAUAAAGUAACGUUUACAGCAAGUAUUAGCAGUAACAUUCUGUAGACCUUCACAGUCUUUUCACAUUUAUUUUGGGUUGCUAAUUAGAAACGAACUUUUUUGUUGAGCUUUUUUUUGGUUAGUGCAAAAGAAUAAUCAUAAGCUAAGAUUGGUCUUAUUAGAGUCCCGUAAAUUAUUAUCUUCGUUCUUCUUGUUUCAGUAUUAGUUUGUUUAUCAGGAGGUUCAGGUUCGGAAAAUAAGCUCUAUUACCACUUUGUAUUUUUUCCUAGUAUGGCAGUUCUUGGUUUGGCUUGUGUGAUCACAUUUGCUCCGAGAUAUUCAAAUCUAUUUACACUUUUAAAAGUUUUCGAACUAUUAUUGAAUCAUCCACUCUCCUAGAAUCUUCUGAUGGCGAUAUCUUCAUAAAUACAGUUUUAGAUUCGUUAUUAACUAAACCGAGCUCUUCACAUUUUCUUUAUAUAUCUGAAAAGUUCUCUCAGUCUUUAUUUAUGAAUAUUAUUAUAAUAUCAUCUGCAUAUUAUGCACAAAUCUGGGUCGAUUUAUUGUAUAUAGUACUUCUUUGAUUUAUUUGAUUGAUUCCUACGUGCAAUAGUAUUAUAAAUAAUGUACCUGAAAGAAUAUGCCCAAGAGGAUCACUUAAUUUUCCACCUAUUUUAACUUUGGCACAAGAUUUUUGCAUUGUCAUGACAGUAUAGGUACUACUUAGGUAGCUUAGGUAGCUUAGGUAGUGAGCAGAACACAGGUAGAAAGAAAAGGUCGCUUACGUCGAUCAUGAACAAAGCGAAAAAAUAAAAAGUUUGAUAUGGAUUGAGAUGCCGUUCAAAAAAUGCCAAGUAAUUAUAUCAUGCCUGUCAUUAACAAAAGCCACCUUUUUCUCUUCCGUGUCACGUUCCAAAGUGCCAAACCCUCAAAAUUAAGAGUAAAGACAAAAUCAGAAACAGAAAAAUUUUAUUUUAUAAUAAACAUUAAAAUCAUUCAGCAGGUCAGACAUUUCAUUGAUUGUUAAAUUAAAGGUAACAAAUCACUUUUUAAGUACAAUUGCAACUUGCGCAUAUUAAAAAAGCCAUGAAGCAGAUAAAUUUGCAAUUGACAGAUCUUGCAUGAAUAAAUCAUCUGAGCUGUUUACUCUGUGGAUACUUUUACGGAGAUAUAUUGCAUUGCACGUUGUCUUGCUGCAUGAUUGGCAGACCUUAGAUCAAACUAAGUGGGAAUUUUUUGAAUUGUUGCUAAUCUCCAUAUUGAAAACACUUUUUACAUUACUCACAAUUACUCUGUACGCCGCGUGUUUAGAUAACCAAGUUAUCAUAUUCAGAGACUGAAGGUAAACCAGUUUACUUACCUGAAGGUAAACUAGUUUACCUUCAGUCUCUGAAGACGAUAACUUGGUUAUUGAAAUGCGCGUCGGACAGUGUAAUUUUAGUGUUGGUGUAGGGGUAGUGUAAAAAGUGUGCUCAGUAUAUAGAUCAGUUUGUUAAUUAAUCUAUUAUAUGCAGUUUUGUUGUAUAUUUCAUUUAUGUAUUUUCGGACUACACAGACUUCUAUCUUUUAUUUUAUUUUAUAAAGUUCAUUUGCACUGCCAGUUUAGCUAUAGGAGAAAAUAUAAAUGACACUAUGAAUACUUAUAAUCAAACGAACAGAAAGUGCCAGACUGAUUACUAGAUGUUACUACUCAUGUUAAAUCUUCAGUAUCUUAAGUAAGCAGUGUUAACCAAAAACAAAAUAACUAUAAUAAAUAUGGGCUCAAUUAGAGUUAAAUAUCACGGAAAAUAAACCGUAGAAUAUGUAAAACAGUUUCAAUAUACGGGUAAUUGAAACUAAUAUUUUUCAGUCCUCGGUCUAGUAAACAAAAAAAAAGUUUUUUAACUAAAUUCUGGUUCAUUCAUCGAGAUUGUUUCGUUCGAGAGUGAUACACUCAGUCCAACGCCCUUUCAGCCCCUCUUGCCAUUUUUAUAUAGCAAUUACUCUUUUGUCCCCUCCCUUAAAAUUCCACUUUCUCAUUUGAUUGAUAUUUCUUACACUGGCGAAUUUUUUUCAGCUAGUAGUUGCAAGGAGCCAGAUCUGAAUGAUAUGGUACAUGCAGAUAUUCAAUUAAUUGAAUUGAAUUUCACCAUCGUUUUUAUUCACUAGGUGCAUUGAUGAAGAAGAAUUUGUUUUCUUUUGCAGAUGGGGUAAUUUUCUUAUAAUCUUCAAUACAUUGAAAUUCGAUGAGCGAACCCAAAAUGAGGUCUUAAUCUUGCCAGUCGAUUGUUACGUUUUUGCUUGAUUCGGACGUAUAUUGUCGUGUCCAAUCCUUUCAUAUGAUGUUUUAGCUGUGUCCUGGUUUUUUCUAUGGCAAGGAAUCGCAGCACCCAUAUGAAUACAAGCUUUUUUAAUUUCAAAUUUUUAUGAAAAUAGUGUAGUUUAAUUCAAUGUUAUUUUUCCUGUUUAGAAACAAAGCUUGAUCAAUUCCUUUUUUAUUGAUAAAAAAAGGUUUAAUAUGGAAAUGUGUAACAAACAAAAUAUUGGAGGAAAUGAACUCAAAAUUUGACAUCUGUCGUUUGAAAUAUGGUAUUUUAAGGGAGAAAUAUAAAAAUGGAAAUUAUGGACACCUCAAUAUGUCGGACCACAUCAUAUAUAUAACUAAUUCCUUUCUCUCCCAUACAUCUUAUACAAUAAAAAUUUGAAGAGAAAAAAUCUUAUUGAACCUAGUUAUGAUGUUUCCAUAUGAUUAGAUUAUCAUUAUACAGGGUCUGUCCCAUAAUGUAGUUUGAUUUGGUGUCAAUAUAACUGUAUUCGUUAAUGGUUGUUCAAAAUAUGAGAGCUUUUAAAGAUAUAUAUCAUUUUUUUUUUGCAUUACGCGUCAAUUUUGUAAAAUAAAAUUGUUAUUUUAAUUACGUGUGAAUCCAAUACACUUUGUUUCAAAUUCGGUAUAUAUUUAAUAUAAAUUAGUAUUUAUGUAAGAAAUAGACUGCACGUCUAAAGACGUUUAAUAUUAACGUUGUGAUAAUUUAAAUAUAUAAUGUUUUUGGAAUAAAUAGUUUCAUAGUUUUGUUUAUACCCAAUGUUUACAUAUCAAUAAAGAUCUGAAUAUGA